AUGAAACAAGACGAUAAGUUAAAGCUCUGGCUCAACGGUACCGGGCGAUGGUUCCUCGAGCCGAACGAAUUCGUCCCUUGGUCCAAUCAAGAUCAAGAUCAAACAAUGUGGCGCACCCUUUUCUGUCCCAGUGCCCCAGGGACUGGAAAGACGCUCAUGAUUUCCGGUGUGAUUGGCGAAAUCCAAAUCGUCGCAUACGGCACGAUAGUACGAUCAGACUGGCGUAUUUCUACUGCAACUAUCGCGAGAGAUUGA